AGAAGGCAGCGGCAGCAGCAGCAGCAGCAGCAGCGGUGGCGGAGCGGCAGAGAAGCGGAGCGGCAGUCAGAGAAAGAGAAGCGGAGCGAGCUGCGGAGAUUACCCAGAGUUUCAGCGCAGAGGCCGCCUGUCAGUCACCUUCCAGCGGCCAGAGAGGAGCAGGAGGACAAGCCUGGUAGCUGAGGACUGUUUCUACCGAUAAAACCGCAGGAAGCACACCGAGGGAGGGAGCCAGGGUUGGAGCAGAAGUGGAAGAGCCGCAUCGCUUCCCAGCCUGGAAGAAAUCCGCUCCUGAUCAGGAAAAGAGCGUUCAGAGAGACCGGCAUUCAACAAGGAGGAGAGGAAGACGAGCAGAGGAGACGCUCUGAAUGCAGCUGAAGAGAAUUCAACCCAGACGGAGGAAUCAUCACACUCUGCAGCUUGGAUUUCUCCUCUUUUUUUAGUCCCUGUGUUUUUUAAGGAGGACUGACAUUAACGGUUUUAUAACAGUCAUGUCUGACCUCCACAUCUGCCUGCUCGAUGAAAGACUUUGUAGUUUUUUUUCUCUGUGAGCUUUUUGACCGCUGACUUUCUGAGAGACUCUGACGGGAAAUUUUGUGUUUCCUUUGAACUUGCACAAUCGCUUUCAUUUCAGUCUUUUCAGUGUUUUUUUUUUUCACCUCCGUUAUCUCCCUCUGUCUUUUCAAGAUAACAUUUUUGUUUCACGUAAAAGGAAGCAGAGGAGGUGACUCACUCAAGUUUCUCUAACAGGAACUUGAGAAGUAUUUGCAUUCCACUUUGGCUUUCACAAGAGGACAAGUCCUCCCUUUGUGUGUGGCAAAGUGUGUGUUUGUGUAGCUGAGUGUCCCUCUGUGAUACAUUAACGUGUAUCAGGGGACAAUAAGUGAGUCUGUUUGUGUCUUCUGGGAAAAAUGGGAUCAGAAAAAGACUCAGAGUCGCCUCACUCCUCGGUGAGCGGCGUCCCAAACCCUAAGUGCCGAGCGGCAGGCAAACGCCAAGGCCGCAUCUCGUUUCACAGCCUGUUCCACAGUAAGCGAGGCUCACGGGGCACCAGGGGGCCCAAAGGAGGAGCACCCCCCCCUUUGUCCCAUCACCACCACACACAACAGCUUCUCCCGUCUGCCUUGAGCUCAGCGCCCGCCGCAGCCUCUGCUACGCCAACGACGACCACCACCACCACCACCACCACCACAGCGGCCACGACCCCCCAGGACGCCGCCUCCAGCACCCCUUCAAAGCCACUCUCCUCCAGCCAGCCGUCCCUGGGUGGAGCCCCUGCCUCUGGAGACAACAACCUCCUGGAGUGCCCCCUGUGCCUGGUGCGUCAGCCCGCCGACCAGCUCCCCGAGCUGCUGGGCUGCAGCCACCGCUCCUGCCUCUGCUGCCUGCGACAGUACCUCCGCAUCGAGAUCACAGAGAGCCGAGUCCAGCUCAGCUGCCCCGAGUGCGCCGAGAGACUCGCCCCUCAACAGGUGGCGGACAUCUUGGAUGACGCAGCUCUGCUGGAGAAGUAUGAAGAAUUCCUGCUGCGGAGGUGCCUCGCCUCAGAUCCAGACUGUCGAUGGUGCCCGGCCCCGGACUGUGGGUUUGCCGUCAUUGCCUCAGGCUGUGCCAGCUGUCCCAGGUUGGUGUGUCGCAGAGAAGGCUGCGGUGCAGAGUUCUGCUACCACUGCAAACAGGCCUGGCAUCCCAACCAGACCUGCGACUCGGCCCGCCAACAGAGAGCGCAAUCCCUGCACACACACAGCAACCACUCGCCCAGCUACACACAGGAGCAGGGACCCGCUGAUGACAUCAAGCCAUGCCCUCGCUGUGGUGCUUACAUCAUCAAGAUGAAUGAUGGGAGCUGUAAUCACAUGACCUGUGCUGUGUGUGGCUGUGAGUUCUGCUGGCUCUGCAUGAAGGAGAUCUCUGACCUGCACUACCUCAGUCCAUCUGGUUGUACGUUCUGGGGGAAGAAGCCUUGGAGCAGGAAGAAGAAGAUUUUGUGGCAGCUGGGCACGCUGAUCGGAGCUCCGGUCGGCAUCACCCUCAUCGCCGGUAUUGCUGUUCCCGCCAUGGUCAUCGGUAUCCCUGUUUAUGUCGGACGCAAGAUCCACGCCCACUAUGAGCUGAAGAAAUCAUCUCGUCACAGGAGGAACCUGGCCAUCACAGGGGGCGUGGCCUUGUCCAUCGUCACCGCCCCGGUCAUCGCAGCUGUCAGCGUGGGAAUUGGUGUUCCCAUCAUGCUGGCCUACGUGUACGGUGUGGUGCCCAUCUCUCUGUGUCGGGGAGGAGGCUGUGGAGUGAGCAGAGGAAAGGGCCGAGGAGUGAGGAUCGACUUUGAUGAGGACGACGGCCCCAUUACAGUCGCAGAUGCGUGGAGAGCAUUGAAGUCCCCGAGCCUGGGAGAGAGCAGUUUGGAUGGAGCAGUCAGUGGGAUGAGCACCACCUCCCCUAGUGAGGGGCUCUCAGUGGCCCCGGGGACUCUGGGGGACACGCCACACUUUAACACGCUUGCUGGAGGCGCUCUGGGGACACGCACCGGAAAGUACAGCAGGUUGGAGGUGCAGGCGGGGGAGCUGGCUAAAGAGUCAGCCCAGAGGGAGACAGGCAGCCUCGGGGCAGGGAGCGACUGUGCCAGCACCCGAGGGAUGGCUGGAUCCAUCAUCUCCUCCUACACACUACCUGACAGGGACUGCACCAACCUGGAGAUCCAGGUGGACAUCGAGACCAAACCCAGCCAUCUCUGCCUGACCAGCGAAGAGGACCUUACCCCGCCUCCUGGCUCUGCUGCCAUGGCGACUGUCUCAGGAGGGGAGGAGCCUCAGGACUGCAGCUCCAGAAGGGGCGGGGCUUUGUCUGGCUCUGCGUUGGGACUGUCUCCAGGCGCGUCAAUCAGGGAGGGGCUCCGAGACGUCACGCUGGCUCAGCCGGAGAGCAUCCGCAGCGACCUGGAGAUGUCGGACACUCAGUCUGACGACAUCGCAGAGCUGACAUCCGACGACUGUGACUCCCCUCACCCUAAAAGCUGCCACCUGGCGGCAGGCCAACAGCCACAGCCCCCCUCCUGCCGAGCCCUGAACCCCCCUGAAGGCCUUCACUGUCCCACAGACAGCAACGUCAUCCUCUACGUCUGAGAGAAACGCUGCUCUCAGGAUUGCACAAAAAACUAACGAGUCCCCGACAGUUUUAUUUUACUUUCCUUCCUCCAUCAUAGCUUUUCAUCCUCUGUUUUUACUUGUUUGCUGCUUCUGUGACUCUCACACACACACACCGUCUUAAACACAGACAGUUUGUUUACUUUGUCCGCCUGUCUUAUCUUUCUACCUGUCAAUCUCCUCACUGAGAACAUUGUCAGGGUUCUACCUCUGAGAUUUAUAAUAUGAUGAUUUAUGUUUACUCCUCGGUGCAAAAUGCCUUGGCCACUCAAGCAAAAAAAAAGAAGAAGAAGAAAAAAAAAGAGGUACAAAUUUUCCACAAGAAUUACUCAAAUUAAGAGACAUGGUGACACGUCACCAAGCACAGCAGGAGGAGAAGGGUUGUUUUCAGAGGACGAAGGGGAUGUUUCUAACAAUGUGUGAGUGAAUGUGGACUUUACCAUUGUGGCUUUAUUAUCUUCUCUUUCUUCUAUUUAUAUUCAGAUAACCUUGAAUCUGAUUUUCAUUUGCUGUGUGCAUGAGUCUGCAUGAGCCGUGUGUGAGCGGAUUAAAAAGGCAGUGAGGUUCUGUUACACUGGUGGUGAAAGUUAAAGUUUACUGGAGAGGACGAAGUUGCACUCGAAUCUCACUUUCCCUGCACAGAGGAAGAGGAAGAGGAUGCUCUUGGAGACAGAAGAAUAAGAGAUUGGGUUCUGACAAUGACAUGAAGAGCUGAUUUGCACUGAGAGAAGCUGUUUUAUUCCUUUGUGUUCAUUUAUUUGAUUGACUGAAUGAAACAGGUCUGUCCUUCUGUUCUGCACUGACAAACAGACAUUUGUCAUUCGCAAAAAAAGGGUUACGAUGUUAAAGCUCCUGUUAGGAUUUUUUUUAUCUGCCUACAAAACAGACUGAAAUUAACAUUGAUGCCUCUUUAUGACACUACAGAAGAAACCAAGACUAUCGGUAGGAAGACUGAUGAUCUACUCCCUUAUUUGUAACAUCCAGAACCGCUGACGGGGGGGUAGGUGUCAGUCUGACUGAUAAACUGUAUGCUUCCCAAACAGCCUUUUUUUUAAUAGUGAUAUAUUCUAGAGCUAAGAUAACACUGUGAGAUUUUUGUAAGAAAAACACAACUUGUAGGACAAAAUAAGCAAAAAAAUAAGCGGUACCACUUUCUCCACAGGGGGCGCCAAAUUAAUGUAAACUGAAAGUUCCUCACAGGAGCUUUAAAAUCAUGUCAGGUUUAGGACUGUUGUCAUUUUGUAGAUCUGUAUGUGGCGAAAUAGUUGAAAUAUACUAAAGAUAAGCUUAGAAUCAGUUAAAUAUGGAAGGGCUAAUUAAUUAUAUUAGAAAAUAAUUACAACUUCUGUAUGUGACGAUAUUGCAUAUAGUAUAUGACAAUAACAAAAUUACAAGUACUAAAAUUGUGAAAAGUGGAAACAGAGGUUUGGAAUUUGCUCGAGGCUCCAGUGAUGAGCUUUUAGUUGGCAAAUGAAGCAGACUGAUAUGAAUGCUGAUGCCUCUUCAAAACCAACAAAAUCAAUCAAACCCUCUCAGAUAAGAUUGUUUGUUUCAGUGCAGUUAUUUUCUGUGUACGUCUUCCCUGCCACGGCAAGGUGUCAGGCAAGUCCUGCCGAACAGCAGGAACAGCCUCCUCCAAACUGACCACGCCAAGGAUUCAUCAUGAGUUGCACGUCAGACAUAGAAAAUAAAGAAGGAUGAGAUCUUUUUUUUCAUCAGAAACACUACUUUCAUAUGUACAGGACAAGAUUAGCCAAGAGGUUCAGUAUCACGCUUUGUCCACAGGGGGCGCCAAAAUCAACACAAACCAAAAGUUCCUCACAGGAGCUUUAACUAAUCAUUUCAUCUGACAUAUCUGAAAACUGGUCACUUAAGCUCUGAUAAUCUGUCAGUUCAUCAUGUGGUGGAAAUGCAUUUCCUCCAGAAAACAAUCACUUAAGUUCGACCUUACACUGAUUGCCUGACAGUGCGGACCCACUGCACACAGCAUGUCUGAACUCGCUUCCAUUUAUUGUGUACUGCAAAUGUCUGCUUCUCUGCGCCACUUUUUAACAUCUUUUCUCUCUCAUUAUGAAACAAUCAUCCAUACAUAUCAAGCGGUUAUAUACUGUUUGGUAAAUAAACCUAGUUGGUAGCCAAGUUUUUAAAAAGACUCUUAAAUUCCAAAUGACGAAUGAAGCAGGGGAGGUGGGCAGCUUGUUUCUAGGUUGCUUGUCAGUGGGCUCGUACCAUAACCCGACACUGCUCUCUGUUCAUUGUAAGAACUCUCUCUGAUUGGUUCUGGUGUGUGUCAUGUGACUGGACCAGUGGUUUUGGUCCCCUGAGCUUUGUGUGUGUGUAUGUGAGUGUGUGAGAAUGGACUCCUUAUGAAUGUAUCUGUUUGUCCCACUUCGUUUUUGAAUGAGCACUCGUGCACUUUAUCUGAAUUUAUCUUAUUUAUCUUUUUGAUUUGCCUUUGAUCAUCUGUUGCUAUGAGUGAGUUUACUUCAGUUGCAAACUAAAGUCUGUGGUACAACCAAAAUAAAUCACCUCCUGAAGGCCUUUUAUGUUGGAUGUAACUAAAGGAGAGUUUGGCUCCAAAAUCAUGUAUAAUCUUUUUUUUUUAUAUAAAUGGUUUCUCGUGUUUAUCAAUCAGUAUUUUUAAAGUUAUCUUAUCAACUUUAUGAUCCCAGGACUGUAAUUAUCCUGUUUUUUAUUUCUUCCUUUAUCCGUUUUUCUUUUACUAAUCAUCUCUUCAAAGUCAGUUUUACUUUUGGAGCCAAACUCUUCAAAUAUCGAUGCCGAUAAGCUCUCUUUAAUCAUACUCACCUGCCUGAAUUGUUUCUUAGCUUUGUAUCACCUCUGUGCUUCAGUUUCAAAAAAAAGGUUACCUCCAGGUUUCCUUUCAUCUGAAAAGGAAUCAACCUGUAAACCUUUUUCAUCUCAGAGUAGCUUUAUGGAUUUAGCUGCUUACAGAACUUGACAGUGCUUUGUUUGGUCUGCACUUAUCACUUGUUUCCGCCUGCCUGCCUGUGAGAAAACACACGAAUGUACCACAGACGGAGUGUGAGUGGUAAUGGAGAUUUUCCAUGAAGCCCACGGGUGGUCCUGUUCUUAUUUGAAAGGUUUUAGAGUAUAUAGAUAGCAAUAUUUAAGUGUUAUUAUAUUGUUUGUGUAUUUCCUGUCACUGUUAAAGCCCUGCGCUGUGUGGGGUUCUACAUGCAGGACUGUGAAAGACCACUUGUGGACCUUUGGGGAAGAAUAAAUAAACACAAUCUGAUGUUGCACCAAAGCUUUGAGUUGUGGUUAAUUGCACUGUGUACCACAAUAACUGAUGAUUGUUGAGUUCUCUGUCGGGUCGUACCUUUACUAACAUUGUAGUUCAAAUCUUAAAAAAUCUUGUAGUCUUUUGCUGAAGGGGGGGAAGUCAUGAAAAAGUAAAAAAUGAAUAUAAAAAAUAUGUGUAGGAAAAAUGUAAAUUGUUCCAUAGAGAGCUUUGUUUUGUCAUUUUGAGUUGCCUGAUACUGCUUUUUACCAGUUGAUUUGAGAUUAAAAGUUGCAAUUUAAGAAAUGG